AUGUCACCUCAAAACAACAAAGCCAGCCAAAGCAACAAUUUUAAGAGUAUCUCAGAAGACGCUCUUAUGGAGGCUACCGUGGGCAGUGAUACAUUUGGUAUUCCUCCCAGAGACGAUCUGCCGAAACCAACCGAAAGCAUGGAUAUGGACGGGGUUGGGGAAACGGGCCAUUAUGGCUGGGAGGAUAUUGGCCUCAAGGAUACAAUUUUCGAAACCAUAAACGACGAAGACAGUUUAUUCAAUAUGUCAUUUAAUCCUCCACUUACUGUCAAGGAGAGAUACCGACAAGCAUGCCUGAAUACACUGUACAGAGAACCUCGCCCCGUCACCAUCAUUAUUGACCUCGCUACAGAGAACGAUACGAAUCAUGCAGAAACAGUCAACACUACGAACGUGACAAAUGGGACAAGAAUAGCAUUACCUAUUCGUCAAAGCCCCCCACGGGGGUCAAGUCUAUCAAGGUCCCCUCCAAAAAAGGCUGGUCAUCAGACAAGUAAUUCCAUUCGACAAAUUUCUCCGAAUCGUUCGCCAGAUGGGGAAAAUGGUCGGAAGAGCCAGCAACCUCGUUCCAAUUCCAACGAAGGCCGAAUCAAAAAGCAAUAUAAAAACUCGCUUACGGCAUCGUUUAAAGAAUUUACGAGGCAACAACUCCAACAAAGCCCAGACGCAUUUAAAGGCGAGUGGUACAAAACGCAGGACGCGACACCCACCAAACGCAUUAGUUAUGUUAAGUUUUUGAAGAACGGCAGCAACGCUAGCGGACACAACUAA